GCCGCAGCACACGUCCGCAUUUCUCAGUGAAAAAAAAAGAAUCGCAACGCAAACACGUUUUUCUGCUGAUCUGCAAAAAUAUAAAAGACAAUUCUGCGAGGGGAUUAUUGGUUCACUGCCAGUUUUCACAAUAAAAGAAGAAAGAAAUCUCGCACUUUGUGGUGCCUGCGGUUGGAAUUUGAUUUAUCUUCGUUUCGAAAGUGAAUUAUACUUUUGGAAGGCUUGCAAAAGCGAAUUCUGAUGGAAUUACGUAAUCAGUGGAAAUUUAGUAUCCAUUAAGUUACGCACACCAACAAAGACGAGCGUCGCUACACGCACGCACGCACCAAUACACACACACUCGGCCGCGUAUGGUCAUACCUGCAAGCGUGGGACAGAGACGGCAAUAGGGCGAACAGCGUUGCCACACCCGUUUCAAACCCCCGACAAACAAAGAAAAAUGCCUCGCAUAGUGCCAUUGCAAUUGCUGAGGUGCCUGCGGGUGCUCUUGGACAACAAUGGUGGAAUUUUGAGCGCAGCUGAGGUGAAACGCAUUUCGGGUCUGAUGGCCAAGUAUUCAAAAAAACUCGUUUCAAAAUGUGUAUAUGUACAAAUACUAAAAUCCACAAAGACAGAGCUAUUGGGCGACUUCAUGGCCGUGGGCGGUUGGUCGCUGGUCUAUACCUGGCUGAACGAUGCCAUCCGGGCGAUGAACUGGCCGCUGGUGCAGGAGAUCCUGGAACUGCUGCUCCUUUCGCCAGUGGACGUCAACCGGCUGAAGAUAAACUCGGCGCCCAUUUUGGUCAAGGGUCUUUGCAAGGAUGGCGGCAACGAAGGUGUACGCAUUCUGGCCAAACGUUUGGUGGAACAGUGGCUGAAGAUCGUGACUGAGAACACUAGCGUGAUGGUCCAGCCUGCUGCGACACAGAAUGCAGCCACUCCGGCGCCUCAGGCUUCUGCUCCAGCUGCCUCCGGCCCCGGCGCAGCUACAGUUCCGGACUCUGCCUCCUCUUCAGAUAGCACGGACAGUGCCGGCGCACCCGUGACGUAUACCAUCACCUCGGCGGCCAACAGCAGCAACUCCAACAGCAUUACCAUCAAGUGGAAGCCGGUGGUGGACAAGCCAGAUGGCGAAGACGACGAGACGAACUCCGCAGCAGCCCAAAAAGUCAAGAACGAUGAGCAGCAGCAGGAAGAUGCCUCCUCUGCCACCCAAGCAUUAGCCGAUGUCAGUCUGGGGAAAAAGUCCAGUUUAGAUGAUAGUAGUUCAGCGGCAGAGGUUAAGUCCGGGGAGGACGUUGAUAAUAAGAAGCAUAAGAGCGCCAAAAGCGACAAGAGUAAACGGUCCGAGAAGGAGCGCGAAAAGGAUAGGAAGAAGGAGAGUUCCUCGAGUCACAGGUCCUCCUCAUCUAGCCAUAAGUCGUCCUCUUCGUCGUCGUCCUCCUCCUCUUCGAAGAGUAGCUCCUCAAAGAGCUCCUCCUCUUCUUCCUCCUCCUCCCAUCGCAGUUCCAGCGAUAAGUACCGCGAUAAGGACAAGGCUCGCUCUAGUUCCGGUUCCUCCAGUUCGAGCAAGGACCGGGAGCGCAGCAGCGGUUCGUCCUCCUCUUCCUCGAAUAAACACAAGUCCUCAAAGUCUUCCUCAUCAUCGUCGUCGUCGAGCUCUGGUUCUAGUUCGUCCAAAGAUCGCAAGGACAAGUCGUCGUCCUCGACUUCGUCAACGUCCUCAUCCUCGAAGCAGGAGAAGGACAAAGACAAUAAGCUAAUGCCUCCGCCAGCAGUGGCACCUGCUAACACUUCCCCAUCUGCCACUGCUGCGUCUAAGGAGAGUGAGGCACAGAAGCCCAGAUCCAUACCCAUCAUGUCCAGAAAGGCCUCGAUUUCCAUUGAGAUUCGCCGGGACACUGAAAAGACGGCCACCGUGAAAACGUAUCAGUCCAAAUUCAGAUCGCAUGGCCUGACGGAGGAGGCGCCGCCCCCGCCAUCGCGCAAGGGUCUGAAAAAGCCCACAUCGUCGACGGUUCCCGCCGCACCUGCUCUGUUGGCCAUACCGCCGCCUAUGAAGCGUCCCUCGCCGCCGCCCAGGGACUCGCCCACCGAGAAGAAGGCCAAGAUCGACAUGAACAACAUCGCGGGACAUGUGGAGCGGCCUGGAGCCGCCAAGCUGAUUGCGCCCAAGAAGAUUUCAACCCUGGUGGAGACCAAUCUGUUCUCGGAUGCACUGGCCGCAUCCAUCGAGCCCAAGAAAGUGGUAAAGCGCAAGCGCCCAGCGUCAGCGAAUUCUCCCACGGACAAGGAUGCGCCGCUGGCUCCGCUCAAAUUUUAUCAGGACACGCUAGACGAGUCGAAGGGCGAGGAGAAGUCGGACGACAGCAGCAAGGAGAACGACGAUGCUCGCUCCGCCUCACCUGGCAAGGACACAGAUGCCGAUGACGACGACAUCCCUUUGAAACGGGUCAAGGAGGACAUCGAACAGAAGGUGCAAAAGGAGAAGGCUGCGGCCGGUGGAGAAGCCGGCGAAGCGGAUAACACCUCUGAAAACGCCGAGGAUGUGCCUGAGGAGCCAAAGAAACCAGGACCCGGCUGCGGACCUGAUGGACCCCCUGGUGUCCUAAUGCUCCACAGGCGCAAGGGCCCCAAAAAGAAGCUCACCUGGCAGCCGGAGGAUAAACUCACCCAGAUCCGGUACUUCGAGGUCGAUCGGUCGGAGCGCGUGAACGUGAUGAAGCAGACCUUCCUGGAAAUGAAGAACUUGGAGCGUUUCAGCGAGCGCGAUGCGCUGACGAUUGCUCGUCGAGGAUUUGAUGACACCAUGGAGCCGCAAAUGGAAUGGCGACCUCUGAUCGAAGUCGACAAUGUGCCCGAUCACCCGAAUGGAAAUCUCUCCAAGCAGCGACAGGUGCAGAUGGACAGAGAGGCUACCACGCUGAGGGCUCUGUACUUCUCGCCGGACAUGAUUCCCGACAGUGCUGCUGAGGCGGAACUGGAACCGCAUUUUGCCCAUGACAUUCCCGUAAUACCCAUGGAUGAUCUCACAGGGAAUCCGGAUGCGGUCAAUGACUAUAGUACCUUGGCGUGGCCAGAGCCCAAGGGAUAUGCCCCCAGCACAGGAGCCACUAAUGGCGGAUCGGAUAUGGGCUUCAAUGACAACAUGAUGCCGGGCCUCGGUGCCGGUCCAAAUAUGAUGCAAAAUCCAUUCGAUCCCUUCAUGGGACGUAUGCCAGCGCCCGCGGGCAUGCCGCCUGCACCCAAUCUAAUGCCCAACCAGGUGCCCAACGGACCGCCGCAAAUCUGGCAGAAUCAAAUGGGACCGGGAAUCGUUCCGCAAGGUGUACCGCCUAUGAUGAACGGUCCCGGUGGUCCUGGCAUGGACAUGAACAACAUGCCACCGCAGAAUUUCAUGGGCAAUCAGUUUGGCAGUCCAGUGCCACCAUUCGGAAACGGCCCACCUGCAUUCAAUCAGUACCCGCCCAUGAUGAUGAAUGGCCCGGGACCAGGACCACCGGGAAUGGGACCCAAUGGACCCGUGAUGGGACCCAAUGGACCCGUGAUGGGACCCAAUGGGCCCGUGAUGGGACCCAAUGGUCCGAUGAUGAACGGGCCACCCAAUGGGCCCAUGAUGAACGGUCCACCCAAUGGAAUGGGCCCCGGACCCAUGCAAAACGGCGGAGGACCGAGGAUUAACAACAACAGAAACAAAAACAAUGGAGGCAACUGGCGCAGCGGUGGGAACAACUUCCAGGACAACUCCGGAGGCAACUGGCGGUCAGCAGGAUCUGGCCCCAACCGAGGAGGUGGCGGAGGCGGUGGCAACACCGGCAUCUGCAAGCAAUUCAUGCGGGGCCACUGCAACAUGGGCAAGAACUGCAAGUACGUGCAUCCGCAGAAAAAGCGGUAGGACUUGCCCGAAUCUUCUGCGGAAGAUUCAGCUGUAUAGAUCUCAGACGCACAAAGGAGGAACUGACCACGGAAUCAAGUCCCCACACGAAGAUUGUAGCCAGGUUAGCCGCUGUUAGUUAGUUAAUCUAAGUGUGUAUAUAUGUAUUCGGUAUAGUUUUGUGUAGAGGCAGCGUAUCCCUAAGUUAUUUAGUCUAAGAUUUCGCUUUAGUCGUCCUCUUCCCCACGAGGCAGCAUAUUGUUGCUGUGUACUUAUACUGAAGGCUCUAUUCGAAUUGUAUGCCCCUAGCUAACUUCAGAUUUAUUCAGAUUAUUCAUACAGUUACGUAUUUAUAAGUUUAUAAUUAUAUAAUUAAAGACCAAGUCAUAUGAUGAAAAA